UAAACUUAAUUUUGAAAAGGGUACCAUUUAACAAAGUACAGAGAAGAGAAAUGCACACUUUGGACGGGUUGUGGUGAUGUUUUGAUCAGGUGAAGUGACGGUUUCCAAACAGGAUGUUCAGAUCUGUAGCACGACGGACCCUUCAAGUCCUCGUUCAGCAGCGAUGGAGGAGCCUGUCAAGUGCGCCCCCUAGUGUCGUCACCCAGUCUCCAUCUCGUAUCAAACACAUCUUGUCCCUCUUUGGGGGCGGGGCUGGUGUGGUUACCGCAGCGAUCAUGUGGGAAAGGGCACAGACGAUACAUGCCCAAGAGGUGCAGAAAUCAGAAGAAGAUGUUGCUAUGGCAGCAGAGGACCAGAGUGUUGAGGAAGGAGAAGAAGUUGAGAAGAAAAAGAAAGGACCUGGAUUCAGAGAUAGAAAGAUUAUCGAGUAUGAAAAUCGCAUUCGUGCCUACUCAACUCCAGACAAGAUAUUCCGUUACUUUGCAACGUUGAAGGUUUUCACGGAUGAUGGCAUUUCAGAAAUCUUUAUGACGGCAGAAGAUUUCAUACGAAGCAUCACUCCAGACGAGAAACAACCAGAAGGUCUGGGACUAGAUCAGUUCAAGAGAGUAGAAGCAAAGAAACUAAACUUGAAGAACCAGAAGUUUGGAGAGGAUAGUAUAUUUGGGAUGUUGGGCGAGUGCGGAUUGAUCUCCUUUGCUGACUACAUGUUUCUCAUCACAGUCUUGUCAACUCCCGAGAGACAUUUUGAGAUAGCUUUUCGUCUCUUUGACAUCAACGGGGAUGGCGAUGUUUCUUAUGAUGAAUUCCAACAGGUGACGGAUGUCAUCAGAGCUCAAACAGCAACAGGCAAGAAACAUCGUGAUCGUAAGACCACUGGAAACACUCUGAACAAACCCUUCAACAGCUCUCUCGACACUUUCUUCUUUGGCCCAAACCUGGACAAGAAGUUGACUUUUGAAUCCUUUGGAAAAUUUCACAAACAUCUGAAGGAAGAGAUUCUGAAAAUGGAGUUUGAACGCUAUGAGCCGAUCAAUGGUAAAAUCACUGAGCUGAACCUGGCUAACUUCCUCCUGGUCUACGCCGAUCAGAUUCCAAAACCAAGAAAAUUAAGGAUGAGGAAGAGGGUCAAGAAGAAGUUUGCCGAAGAUGCAAAGGGACAUGGAAUCACACUGCAGGAGUUUAUGGACCUUCAGCGUUUUCUGAGUAGCAUACAUGAUGUAGAUACAGCGUUAUCAUUUUACCACGUGGCUGGUGCAGCUAUUGAUCAAGAAACCUUGAAGCAUGUUGGGAACAUGGUUGCACAUGUACAGCUGACAGACAGGGUACUAGACAUUGUAUUUACCCUCUUUGAUGAAAAUGAUGAUGGGAAGUUAAGCAACAAGGAAUUCGUAGGAGUUGUCAAAAACCGAAUACAGAGAGGACUGGACAAGUCUAAGGAGCUGGGCCUCUCACGCAUUUUGGAUGCAAUGUGGAAAUGUGCCAGGAAAACACAGAUAUUCCCAAGUACUGGGAGCUAGUCUAUUCUGGUUACAAUGUUCUUUAUUAUCUUACUUGAAUUUUACUGCUCAUCAGCUAACUCAAAGCAUUCUCUGUGGCUGCUAAGCUAGAAACUCCAUCUUCAGCAGUUGGAAUAGAUGUUAUGCUUAAUCACAUGAGGGCGCUAUCUGGUGGUAAAUUGUAAAUCCUUAAGCAAUAGUGUUACGACCCUGUAAAAAAAAGCCAACUAUAAUAGUUUAGGAUUUGACUCACUGAGUCAAGGGGCUUCUGGAAAUAAUGACAUCGAAUUUAGUUGUAAAAAAAACAAUUAAGUCAAAAAGAACAAAACGUUGAAGUAUAUUGUUAAUAGAAUUGAGCCUUCACGAAAGACUCUGCUAGGGCUAAAACAUCAGGCCAUUAACCAUUUUUUGCAGUAUUAAAAGUACUUUGAAAUCAGAAAAUGAAGGCUGUACAUUUUAGAAAACAAAGCGGAGAGAGAAGUCACAAACUCUUUCUGUUUUUUAUUUUGGUCAUUGAACUUGUGAAAAUUAACUAGUUUCUAGUCAGAGUCACCAAGAUAUGCCCUUGGUAACUAAUUGUAGAAGGGAACUUACAAUAAACUAGUUAUUUUGCAAUAGAAACCUAAACUGAAAAUUGUAUUUGUUUGUCACUUCAAUCUUAAUUUAUCAUUCUCAUAUGACUUUUAAAAACCAGUCAUAUUCUCAAAAUCAUCAGUUAGAAAGUCAUGACAGUUAUAAAUUGAACUAAUUCAUAAAUAAGACUUUCUUGUGUUGUUUCUUUCAAUGUCUCUUUAUGCUUUUGUAUUUAUCUCCAAAAGUCAUGGUUAGUUAUUUUUUUUAGUGGAUAGGAUUGUCUAUACAAAACAUAUAAAUAACACUUACAAAAUGUAAAAAACAUACAAUUUAACCAGUUUCCUGAAAUUGUACCUUUUUGGUGAAACAGUGAAUGGAAUUGUUUUUCUUCUUCGGAUUUGCUUACUUUUUCAAAAUGGAAAUGGCCUUGCCCUCUCAAAGAUGAAAGUCCAGAUCUGAUAUAGAGGAUAUGUUUGGAUUAUAUUGGUAGCUUACACUUGUACAGAGUACCGCAAACCUUACUUGCUUAUAUUUCACAAUAAUUCAUACAUUUUACCGAUGGUUUAUUUAUGUAAAAUACACUCUUGGAUAUUUUAAUUGUUAUCCUUAAAAAUUACAGUUGUGUUGCCCUACUUAUGAAGUUACAAUUAAUUAAACAGCUUUUUCAAUUUGAUGUAAUAAUAUUUCUGUCAAAUUUGACCAAAAUGAUGAGGUUUUAAGUGUAUGUUGAAGGAACUACAAUGUUCAUUGUGGUAAUAUACCAUGUUGUGAAUAAAAUAUUGAAAUAUUGACCAU